AUGAAGGGCUUCACCGUGAUUGUUGCUAUCGCCGGGUCCGCUUACGCUCAAACCACGGGUGACGUCCCACAGAUCGCAGAGUCGUGCUUAAGUCAUGCUGUCGCUGCUGCUGGCUGCGACAUCACCAAGACUGCCUCCAAUAUACGCGCCGACGGCAACCUUUGCGUCAUCAAGCAUCGCAGUGCGCAUGUUGCGCUAAGCAUGUGCCCCGUAGUCAACAUAUCACCUGGUCCCAGAGCCUUGCUCAACAAUAACAUUCCUUGCCCUCAGACGAAAUCCCCCUUACCCUCCAAGCGAUCUGCCGACAACCCUACAGACAAUGAAGCCAGGCCCACAUCCGUAAACCCUAAUUUUUGGGCACCAUGA